GUCAGUUAGCUCCAGCGGGAAUGGAAAAUGGAGGACUGACUGGAGAAAAAGCGAGGUCAUAUCAUCGGUAUUUCUAGCGUGUAGAUCUUUUAACCUUUACCAAGACUGAUGAUUACUGCUGCAAAGAGUUUGUUUAGUUUGAAGAAGCUCUCUUCUUUCCAUCACUGCUGAACUGCAGACAUUCAGUUUCAAAGUAGUGAUUGACUCCAUCAUCUAUGGAGGAGAAUGCGAGCCCUGAGCUCUCUCUAGCUCCUGAGCCAGAGCAGAGCCAGGACCGUAUGGAAAGCUGCUCUCAAGGUGUUGCAGAAGGGCAUAGCGAGCAGAAGGAACUGUUUCAAACUGAAAGCGAGAAUGUGGCUAAAGAGACACUAGAGGAGCCAGAUAAAUCUUCCAAGGCCAACAGUGAGGUAAAGAAGACUUGGGGUUUCCGUCGGUCCACUGUCGCAAAGAGAGAAAUGCCAGUGGAGGCAGCAACCAACAGCUCUGAAAACCGCGGUCCUGUACGCCGUAGUGGUAGGCAGUCGAAGCGUACGGACAAACUGGAGGAAUUCCUCUUGACUGCCAAAAGAGGGUCAAGAAAGAGCGCCCCUCCCAGUGUGGAAAGCGGAGAUCCUCCUUCCCAAACACCGACUGAUGCAGAGACUGCCUCAGAGGCCAGCUUUGAUGGUAAUGCAGACACUAAGGCUGUAGAGGACAAGGUGGAGUCCCCAGAGAGGAGGACGAGAAGUGGUGCGAGGAAGCAGACUCAACGGAAAACCAGAAGUGGCAGGCAGACCAGAGGAGGUGGUGGUGCGUCGGUCAAUGAUGAAGGCAGCUCUGAGAAUGAGGAGGACAUCGGAGAUGAUACCAAAAAAGACCAGUUACAGGAAAAUAGUGAGGAGAAAAAAGAUGACAUGAGUGAUCCUGGUCCAGAAGAUGUAGGGAGUACCAAUACAGCACAGCCCCAGCUAGAGCUGGUCUCUGAGAAGAAAGAGGUUGCUGAAGAGAAAGACGAACAAGGAGAUAAAAAUGACAAGGCGGAAAUGGAGAAAGAGACUGACGAGGACAGCACAGGCAAGUCUGCAGGAAUGGUGGUAAAACGUGGACCAUUGAGAACUUACGUCAAUAAAAAGAGGGCAGCCAAUAAGAACACUACCCCUGUUAAAGCCCCUCCUCCUGCCAGCAAGGGCACCACUCCUGUCAAGAGGGACACGAAGCCUAAAGCGACCCAAGCUGCCAACAAGAUUCGCAAGCCCCAGGCGCAAGAGGAAAAUGAUGAUGAGAAUGACUCUUCGACAUCUUCGUCUUCAUCUUCCAUUGAGUCUGACGAUGGAGGCUAUGAUCCCAAUGCGCUUUACUGCAUCUGUCGCCAGAGACACAACAAAAGGUUCAUGAUCUGCUGUGACCGCUGCGAGGAGUGGUUCCAUGGCGACUGUGUGGGCAUCACUGAGGCCCGUGGGCGCCUGAUGGAGAGAAAUGGGGAGGACUACAUCUGCCCCAACUGCACUGCGAAGAAAAACCAGGUGGUCAGGCCUGCCACAUCUGCCCUGUCUGCAAGUACAGAGGUCGGGAAGUCCAAAGCUGCACCUCCAGCUUCUGCUGUGAAAGCUAACACGAGUGGAGCAGACACCAGUCUGGCAGGUGUCCAGGCUGUGGCAACACCUUCGUUCCCUGGAACUGAAGAGAAGGCAGCAGAGGACCUGGGCAUCAAAGGCAGGAUAGAGAAAGCUACUAAUCCAACUGGGAAAAAGAAGAUAAAGAUCUUUCAGCCGGCAAUACAGCAGACAGCCGAACCAAAAGCAGACCAGAAGGCGACACCAGUGGCGGAGAAGAGGGCAGCACCCACAGCAGAGCAGAAAGCAGUAGCAGACACAGAGCAGAAAGUGGCAUCAAACGUGGAGGUGAAAACAACACCAUCAGCAGAGGGGCCAGAGGAGAAGACCGGACAGACGGCGGAGGAGGAGUCUUCCCUUCCUAAAUGUAUCGGGCCUGGCUGUGAGAACAACGCCCAACCAGACUCUGUGUACUGUGGAAAUGACUGCAUCCUGAGACACGCGGCUGCCGCCAUGAAGUCCAUCACUGAUGUCAAAGAGCCCAAGCAGAAGGACAAGGCCAAGCCUCAGAAAAUCAAGUCUACAUCAAAGAGGAGUGCCGCUGGGGGGAAGAAGACGCAGAAGAAGGCCCGGGAGGAGUCAGACAGUGAGGAAGACAGCAGUCCUGAUCCAGACGAGGAUGACGAAGAUGAGCAUGCUGAGGAACACCCACCCCCGCCGGCCACUGCAUCCUGGUCCAGCGACCAUAAUUACAUUGCAGUAACACCAGAAAAGACUACACCCAUAUCACCAACAGUGUUAAACAAAAAGUCUCCUCCCAAAGAAGAAAAACAGAGUGAGAAGGAACAGAAAGACAAGGAACUGGCUCCGGCUCCAGAGAAACCUUCCCCAGCGUCUGCAACACCAGUCAAAGGAAACAAGAAGUCCCUGUCUACUAAAGCAGCCAAGGUUUCCCCGAAGGGUAAGAAGCCUUCCCUUCAAGCUACCAGCUCAAAGUCCUCCAAGAAACAUGCAACACCCCCAAGUAAAACUUCAGCGAAGUCCAAGAAACCAGGCGCACCACCCGCCCACGCCCCGUCUCCCUUCCCUCAAGGGCCCAUCCACGUCACAGGAGCCCUGAGAGUCACCAAGUCUAACUUCACCAUUCCUAAAAAGCAGCCGCAACAAAAGGACUCUCUAUCCCACAGUCAGUCCUCUUCAUCCUCUAAAGUCCCGUCAUCUCCAGUGUCUUCAGCUCCUUCCAGCCGCUCGUCGUCCUCCAGAUUCUCACAUUCAGCUGCUUCAGGGCCUCCUGUGUCCCACAUGCGGCCUCCACCCAACAACCAGAUGAGAAAGAACAUCCGCCGCUCGCUCACAGACAUCCUGUACAAGAGGGUGAGCGACAGUGACGAUCUGAAAAUGACUGAGGUUGAGGUGGCAAGGCUGUCAGUUGCCAUUGAGAAGGAAAUGUUCAACCUCUGUCAUAGCACUGACAGCAAGUACAAGAACAAAUACAGGUCCCUCAUGUUCAACCUGAAAGAUCCUAAAAACAAAGGUCUGUUCUACAGGGUGGUGGGUGGUGACGUGAGUCCCUUCAGAUUGGUGAGACUGAGUGCUGAAGAGUUGCUUUCCAAAGAAAUAUCUGAAUGGAGGAAGCCUGACUUUCCUGAGGUACAGUCUCCUAGCUCAAGAGCCCAUUCAGGGCAGUCCAGACAGGGCAACAGGCAUGACUCUAGCUCUCAUAGCAUGGAUAUGGAGGACGCUCCACCAACAUCCGAUGCAGAUGUAUGUAUCUCUGCCACCUCUUCAACUCGCAUGGCUUCUGCUGCAGACCAGGACGAGUAUGGCCCCACUCCUUCAGCUCCAGCUCAGUCCUCUGCUGACGGGAGCAGUGGCAGCAGCAUGCCGGACGUUUUCAGUAGCAUGCUCAAAGACACCACUUCAGAACACAGGACUCAUCUGUUUGACCUCAACUGUAAAAUAUGCACAGGUCAGAGAUCAGAAGAUGAGCCAUCAGCUAAGAAACCCAAACUGAGCAAGAAGCCUGAAACUAAACCGCUGAGACAAGACCAGCAUUCGUCCAGGCCAGAGGAUGUCUCUUCUGUGGGCCAGCCACAGGUCCCCACAGCCUACCAGCACCUGGUCCCUCCAUCGUACCAGUCCAAUGUAGAUGUCCCUGAAUCACAGCAGCAGCUGUACCAGGAAGACCACAGUAUACUGGUACCUCCAGCCCAGGCCCCUGCACCUGUUGCCCCCACUGUUUCCUCUGUCAGCAUCACUCGCAGAGACCCACGCAUGGCCAGGCACAGCUCUGGUGUGACUGUCACCUACAGUGCUCCGGAAAAGCCCACAAACAACUCAGCAGAACCAGUCCCUGCUCCGGUUAGCGCUCCAGUGGAGGUUGGACCCAAGGCGCCACUGCCGAUGCCUCCGGCGUCACCAUCUUCAGUGGCUGUCUCUAAGUCAGCUAAAAUAAGUACAUCUGAGCCUCCUCCCGAGGGCGAGACAGCUAUUUUCCUCCAUGGCCAAGAGAAGAUUUGGAAAGGAUUUAUCAACAUGCAGUCAGUGGCUAAGUUUGUGACCAAGGCUUACCUGGUCUCUGGAUCCUUUGAACACCUGAAGGAGGAUUUGCCAGACACCAUUCACAUUGGAGGACGAAUAUCUCCAAACACGGUGUGGGACUAUGUUGGGAAGCUGAAAACCUCACUCUCCAAGGAGCUGUGUCUGAUCCGUUUCCACCCAGCAACAGAGGAAGAGGAGGUGGCGUAUGUUUCUCUCUUCUCUUAUUUUAGCAGCAGAAAACGAUUUGGUGUGGUGGCUAACAACAACCGGCGCAUCAAAGACCUCUAUCUCAUCCCAUUGGGCUCAAAGGAUCCUUUACCCACCAAACUAUUACCGUUUGAUGGGCCAGGCCUUGAACCAGCCCGUCCGAACCUCCUCCUGGGGCUGUUGAUCUGCCAGAAGGACAGGAAGCGCGCUGGUGUUCUGUUGGAAAGUGAGGAGAAACGGUCCAAGACUCAAACCAAAGACGCUGACGACACCAGCCUUCCAAAGCUUUCUUCCUCGGUCAGAGCAGAAAGAAGCUCACGGCAGAGUCUAGAAAUCCCCUUCAGCACAACUCCUCCUGGAUCACCUCCUUCCAGUUCCUCUGAAACUUCAAGCAGCGCUGCGGCAGCUUCCUCAGUCCUUUCCUUCUUGUCCUCUGUCAAAGCUCCAGCUACAUCCACUACCACUGGCAAGGACUCCCCAUCCUCUUCCAGCUCUGUAGCUUCCUCUGCAGCGACUGCCACUCCUCUUCAGACCAUCCUCAACACUCUCUUUGGGAAGAAAAAGCAUGACUCAGAAGUUUCUAACUCUCCAUCUGAUCAGGGUGGAGAACUCUCCGUCCCCCCAUCUACAAUGCUAGACCCCAUUGUGCAGCAGUUUGCACAGAUUUCUAAAGAGCAAGCGGUAGAGGAGGAUGAAGAUGACCGACCGUAUGACCCAGAAGAAGAGUAUGACCCAGGUAGGGGCUACAGUUUGCCUAAGAAGACUGUUGAAAUAGUAAGCAAACCUGAAGUGUCCAAGCAGCCUGAGGUGGAUGUGAGUGAUGCUGAUGAUGUGGCAUAUGACCCAGAGGAUGACUCCAUUUUUGAAGAGGUCACUUUAGUCCCAGGUCAAGCUAAGGCUGCAAGUGAAUGUAUAACUGAUCCACAAACCAUCCUGGAGAGCCUUAAACAGAUUGGGGAUCAGACACAGGGAGAUCAGCAAACGCCAUCCGCAGGGACACCUGCUGCCUCACUGACACUGCCAGACACACUCAUAACUCAGCCGACCAAAUCCCUCUUGGCCAAUAGUCAGCUACUGCAGCUUGGCAAAAAGGUAGAGGAACUAGUAAAGUCCUCAUCGGUUCCUCCCCUGAUCAACCAGAAAAGAGAUCCCCGACAAAGCAGGGAUCCUCGCCAGGCUUCAACCGGCAGGAAACCGUCUGAUGAACCCGAAGACAUAGAAGAGACAUCCUUGUUGGCAGAUUCUACACUUCCUUCGGAGCCACAGCUGCCCAGUGCUCCUGAACUCCAAGAGUCCUCACAAGGUGUAGAGACAUCACCGCAUCAAGAAGAAGUGAACGAUGAGACGCUGCCCUUCAUGGAGUCAGACAAGAUGGAGGUGUCAAUUCCUUUAUUAGGAGAGGAAGUGGAACCUGAUAUGGACGUCAACUACAUGGAUGAGAAAGAAGGGACAACUGAGGAAGCUGAACCUGUCAAGACUGAAACGGAGAUGGACAAGUACAGUAUUUGGCCAAACGCUGCCAGUGUUUUAAAGGCUGGCGAAGAGUAUGAGGAGAAUAGCCAGGACACACCAACCACAAGCUAUUACAAGGAGCCUGAAAACAUGUCCACAGUAACUUCGACAAUCCCAGUUCUCACCCAGAACACAACAAUGGUUGAGACUCAGUCCCAUCACAUGUCAGUGCCGGGCUUCGACAGCGAGUACAGACCUCCAGCUGACAUUCCCCCACCGUCGAACUUCCCCCCACCCCAUCUGAUGCAAGGGCAAAACGUGGUGAUGAGGCCUCCACCAAUGUCUGUUCCACCACCCAUGCAAGGACUUCCUCCGAUUUCAGGGCCCCCUCCUAUGCAGGGGCCCCCGCUGCCCAUCCAUGUUCCUCCCCCCGUGCGUCCCCCUCCUCCCAUGCAAGGUGACAGCACUCAGCAGUAUGGCCCGCCUCCAGCUGCAUACCCUCCCUAUCAGAACCAGUGGCCAGGCACGCAGCCGCCACAGCAGCAGCCACAGCAGCAGCCACAGCAGCAGCAGCAGCCUCUUCCUGGACCACCUCCGCAGAAUAUCAUGCCACCCAGAGGACCACCACCACCAUUCCCUCCAGUGGCCCAGAGAGGUCCUCCUCCUCAAAUAUUUGAUCCCUCCAUUCCCCCUCAACACAUUGGACAGCAAGGCCCCCUUCCAGGCCUCCCCCUGCCGCCUACAUUUGAUGGACAGAACAGCUUACCUCCUCCAAGAUUCACAGGUCCACCGCCACCUUUCAAUUUCUCUGCAAACAGAGGUCCCCCUCCACCUUUCACGGGUCCACCUCCUAGUCAUUUUGAUAACAGGCUUCCUCCUCCGUCCCAUUUCCCAGGACCUAGAGGACCCCCACCAUCUCAGUACGGUGACUUCGGGGCCCAACCCCCAAUGGUGGACCAACCUCGAGGGCCUGUGGAACAGUAUAACAAAGACACUAACUCUUUCAAGCUAAAUGUGGAUCAGAAUCCAAGCUCUCUGCAUAUUUUUAAAGACAGUCGGGGCCCCCUGCCAGGUCCAGCAUACCGAGGUCCUCCACCUAACCAGUAUGAGGAUAGAAGAGGGCCACCUCCCAGUGGGGAAAUGAGUGGACAUUUCAAUCAUCAUAACCAGUAUGGAAGCUCCAGACCACACUCCUCACCACCACACCGAGGAUCUUUUGACGAGCUCAGAGGUCCUCCACCUCCAGAGAACAGACCCCAUCCUUCUCAGCCCUUUGGUGGAUCAGAGCGGUACCGUUUUGAUAGGCUCUCAGACGAGGCUAGACCUGUUCGCCACAGUGGGCCACUACUGCCAACUCCCCCGGAGGCUCCAUUAGGUCCUCCGAGUCGCAUAGGAGCCCACAGUCCAGACCUGCACAGGGACGACCACUGGCGCCGCCACUCUCCUGAAAUAAGGAGGAGGAGCAGCACCACCCAAGAGGACUCAGAACCUCGCAGUGGAGAUCGCUUCAGUCGCUUCGAAGGAGUGCACAGAGAAACUGCCCCUGGUCCCUCACAACUGUCUGAAGAGAGACAGAGGGAGAUGUCCGAGGAUCGCAGGAGGGAAAGAGAGCGGGAGAUCCCCCACGUCGGCAGGCCCUCGUGGGACAGGGGGCAGGGAAAGCGGUGGAGCCGAGAGCGAGAGUGGGACAGAGGCAGAGAGAGGGACCGGGAUGGAGAGCGAAGCCGAGAAAGAGACCGCAGCAGAGGGAGGGAGGGUGAGAGGCACAGGGAGACAGAGGGAGAGCGACACAGGGAUCAAGAGACAGACAAGAGGAGAGACAGGGAGAGAGACAGGGAAAGGGACAGGACCAGGGACAGAGAUUCUGACAGGAGGGACUAUGACCGCGACAGAGCGAGAAACCGUGACCGAGAGCGUGACCGUGAUCGAGAGCGAGACAGGAGACGGGACAGAUCCAGAAGCAGAGACCGUGACCGAGACCGCGACCGUGGAAAAGACCGGGGCAGGGACAGAGACAGGGAUAGGGACAGGGACAGGGACAAGGACAAGGACAGGGACAAGGACAGGGAGAAGGACAGGGAGAAGGACAGGGACAGGGAGAAGGACAGGGACAGGGACAAGGACAGGGACAGAGAAAGGGACAGAGACCGGGACAGAGACCGGGACAAAGACCGGGACAAAGACAGAGAUCGUCGGGACAGGAGCAGAAGCCGAGAAAAGAGAGAGGAGAGAAAGGACAGUAAACAUGAUACACCCAAGGAGGGUGAUAAAACUGCAGAAAGUGAGAAAAACACGUCCUAGUCUCCGUUUCGUGGACAUUACAUUACAGUUUUGAGACUCUUAAAUCUUUCACCAGUAGAAAUCAUCACUGUAAAUGCAGUAUUUCGUUAAAUUUCCAGACUUGUGUUCCUACUAUGAGAAAAUGUUGGACAAUGUUUGUAUUCUCUUUGUUGCGUAAAAGUUUCUAAGUUUGUUUUACCACAUUUGAAAAACAAAAAAGAACUGAAGGCCAUCUGAGUGGGUUAUGUACAAGACGUAUUAAGUAGGAGUCCUAUCACUCGUACCAUCCUCCUGUCAAAGCAUUUUUUUUAAGAAAAUAAUGCAUCUGAUUAACACACCAUUUGAAAUCUGUAAAUAUGAAAAUAUCUGUGUAUAUACUGAUGUUUUUAAUCAUACUUUUCUAAGUAGAGAAAAUAAAAGCCAUAUAUCUGAGAAGGAUAAUGUGAAAGUAAAGGCAACACUGUUGAUACACAAAUGUGUGUUUAUAUGUCGAGCAGCUUGGAACUAAAAGGCUUCAACUAUCUACAGUAUACACCCCAUCAGUGGCUGUCAAUGAAAUGUCCCCAGUUUGUUUCAGCUCAACCAAUUAAACCAGUUUGACAACA